GUCCUUCUGAAGGAUCUUUUGUCAUCAUCUCAUGACGAUGUCUUUUCUCACUCGACGUACUCCGUGUUUAUCUACAAUGUGAGCUUUGGAUUCAUCCACAAACACUUAUUAUUAUUGAGUAGCAAAUUACAUUACGCAUCAUCAUGGCAACUUCCGCAGCCGCCGCUCCCAUUGGCCGUCAGUUGCUGGCAGGUCGUUCCAUUGCCAUUUGUGGAGGCGGCGUGAUGGGUUUGGCGACGGCGGUUCAUUUGGGUCGACAAGGCUUGGGUAACAAGGUUGUUAUUAUCGAACGAGAUGCCUCAUACAAGUACUGUUCGGCUCUUUUGAGUGCUGGUGGAGUUCGACAACAAUUCAGUUUGCCAGAGAAUAUCCUCAUGUCCAAAUACUCGUCCGAGUUUUUGUUGGACUACACGGUUUGUGAGCAGCAAAAGCGUCUAGCUCAAGAAGCAGGAGAUGGCGAUGACGACCAACGAGAAAUGAUUGCCUUCAAGCCACAUGGAUACCUUUUUUUGGCAGAAAACACCGACCAAGAGGCCAUUCUAAAGACCAACAAUGAGACGCAACGAUCCUGUGGUGUGGAUUGGAUUCACAUGGCUGAUCAGCAAAAACUCACAGAUCUAUAUCCAUGGCUCAAUACAGAAGAUUUGGUAGGGGGCACUUAUUCUCACAAAGACCAACACACAAAAGAGGGAUACUUUGACCCUUGGGGAUUUAUGCAAUGCAUGAAGAGAGAGGCCAUUUCACAAAAUGUGCUCUUUGUAGAAGGACAAGUGGAUGCUGUCAACUGUUCUGACACGGGAAGCAGCAGCAGCAGUGACCCUCUCUUGAGAGUCGAGUCCAUCCAUCUAAGACAUGGAAAGAAAGACAACAAUGACAUUGAAGAAAUCAAAGGAUUGGAGGCACUCAUCAACACGACAGGAGCGUGGAGCAGAGAGUUUGUGGAACAGACAAUUUGUCUGCCCAAUGCUGCUCUCUUGUCAGAACCCCAACAAGAAGCAAUUCUAGAUCUUAUCCCCAUUGAACGACGAAAACGAUGCAUUUUCUACAUUCACUGCCCUGCAAAACAGUCCUUUUCUCAUCCCAUGCCAGACGAAACAACUCCACUCACGGUUGAUCCUGCCGGUGUCUACUUUCGAUCCGAAGGAUCCUCUCCAGGACACUUUAUUUGUGGCGUCUCGCCGUUGGCGCAUUUGGAUCACUCCUUUUCCGAUGAUGAAUCAUUGGAGACGGUGGAUCAUGAUUUGUUUGAAGAAGUCAUUUGGCCAACGUUGGCCCAUCGAGUUCCCGCCUUUAACGAACUCAAGGUCAAGAGUGCCUGGAGUGGAUUUUACGACUACAACUAUCUCGAUCAAAAUGGAAUCAUUGGGUAUCAUCCAAACUUUACCAACCUUAUUUGUGCGGGCGGCUUUUCGGGACAUGGACUGCAAAUGUCCCCGGCGGCGGGAAAUGCCGUGACGGAACUGCUGGUGCAUGGCGAGUUUCGAACCAUGGAUCUUUCAGCCUUUGGCUUUGACCGAUUGGUCGCCGACGAACCGUAUCUGGAGACGGGUAUUGUAUAAUAUAUAUGCCAGCCACGAAGAAGUGAAUGGGCAGCAUGCAGCUAGAGCAGUUAGAGCAUAUUACAUCUGAUAGCUAGUAGAGAGCAGAAAUUUGAUGGACAUUUGUGACUGCUUGAAUGAGGUUCUUUUUUCA